AUGCGGUCGCAAUUGACCCGCCAUGUCUUGCGACGCAUUCUUGCGAGCGAGGCACCCGUCGCUCUCCCCCCUUGUUUUAUCUCCUCGAGACCGCCACUCCGUAUAUAUCCCGUAAGAUAUAGGGUUUCAAGGACAGCCCAGAGGAGAACGUUCUUAAAAUUAUUUCAAAAAGCCCCGCGGACGUUGAAGGAACUGGACGCCGAACCAGGAUACGAAACCCUGCUCCAAUUUCAAGCCGCAGAGAAGAGUAGUAUUCGACCGCCUAUGCCGGAUGAGUUAGUUAGAGCAUGGCGGGAACUAUUUGAAUAUAAGGCACGACAUGGCCGGGUAGUGAACUCGACCCAGGCCUUGUGUGCUCACCGGGUGCUGUUACAUCUUCGUACCCUAAUUACCAGUGAAGAUGAGCAGCUAUCUGAAGAUGACCUUCGGACGGCCAGGGAUUGUUUACUAAAACCGCCGAGAGAUGAUUAUGCAAGCCACCUUGAGCUUUCGAGGGAAAUCUAUUCAGAUUUAAAACGGAGGGGCGCCCACCAGACCAAAGACUUUUAUGCCUUGUCGACUGCCCUGUCACAGUAUGGGCAAGCUCUCCAGGCGAGGGACUUAGUGUUGGAUUACUACUCUAGAAUGAAGAGUAGAGAGCCUAGUGAUGUCUUGCUAAGACAGUUUAUACCUGUGAUUCGAUGUCUAGCUAAAGAGGGUCGAGAACCAGAACUCCUAGACCUCGUUUCGCAGGCAAGUCGGCUUGGUCUUGAAUACGACCCAACGCUCCACAGCAUCUUGACCACGUUUUUCGCGCAGAGAAACAAGAUUGGAGAAACAAAAUACUGGUUCAACAAGCCGAUCGUUAGGAAUCUCCCUCCGGCUCCUGCAACAUACUAUGAGAUACUCAGGUUUGCCCUUCGCAAUAACCAGCAAGAAUGGGCGCUAGGGAUUUACCAAGACCUCAUCUCAAGCUUAGAGUCUCCAAGGCUACGUACCAACAAGCCCUGUUGGGAUACAUCUCACCAGUGGGCGAUCUUAUUACUUGGAAAAGGAAUUGAUCAUAUCGAGCAUAUGCUUGCAGUUGCUACCGAACGCACGCGAGGCAAGCCCAGUUCGCAACCUAAUAUGGGGACGAUAAAUGGACUUAUUAAGGCCACCAUUGACAAGAAUGAUCCGUAUCUAGCCGAACGUUUCAUCGCGUUAGCUGGUAAGCUGGGGUUCGAACUAAACUAUAAGACUUAUAUACUUCAGCUCGAGUAUCGUAUCCACGCGAACGACCUCGACGGUGCUUUCGCGGCCUACCAGUCUCUCCGAGACAUCGAGGAGACAACUGGGGACAGGGAAAUCUCAGUCUUGAACUUUUUCAUUCGUGCCAUGUGCUCUGUACCGGAACCCAACCAUGAGCGCGUCCUAGACGUCACUAGUUACCUCGAGCAACGAGGCGUUACGCUGGAGCCCGAAACAGUGGUUUCUAUUUGUAUGGCAUUCCUAAAGAAUGACGAGACAUACGAAGUAAUAGACACCCUAUCGCUUCAUACUGUUCACUACAGCAUUGCUGAACGUUCUAUGGUUAGGAAAGCCUUCGUGCAAUAUUGCUUAGACGAGAAGAAUAGUACAGCUCGUGUCUGGGACGCAUACGCAUUAUUACGGCAAUUCUUCCCCGAACUUGAAGUCGAAGAUCGAGAAGCUAUCAUGGGUACCUUCUUCGACAGGCGUCGUGCCGACAUGGCAGCACACGUAUUUAGACAUAUGCAUUCCCAUGCAAACCGGCAACUCCAACCAACUCUAGAGACAUACGUUCGUUUCAUGGAAGGCAUUGGCAAAUGCCCAGACGAAGAGAGUCUAAAAACAGUCCACAAUAUGCUGAAAAUGGACACGACGGUCCAGGCCAGCACACGCCUAUAUAAUGCACUAAUGAUUGGAUAUACAGCAUGCGACUUUCCCUAUCGAGCGCUUGAUUUCUGGACGGAGAUCGCUGCAUCUCCCGACGGGCCGUCCUAUGCCACACUCGAAAUUGUGUUUAGGACUUACGAGAUCACGCCCGAUGGCGAUAGCCUCGCAAACGAGCUAUGGGAAAAGAUAAAAAGGAUGGAUAUCGAAGUGCCAGACAUAGUAUACCUAGCGUACGUAGCCGCGACGGCUGCACAUGGUCACCUUACAAUUGCCAAGAUGCUGUUGGAGGAUAUGGAUAACGUCGUUGGAAGGGGGCCCAACUUUUACAACCUUGGCACCGUGUUUAAUGUUUUACCGUCGCAAGAGAUGAAAGACCAAUUCGAGGAAUGGGCAAAAGAAUCCUACCCGCAAGUGUGGGGGGAACUGAAGAAAAAGUACGCCAAGAAGCAAAACAGCGAAGGCCUCCCGGUAUUUAAGAUCCGCCCUCGGCUGUGGAAGGCAUGAUGUAUAGGUAUGGAUUGAUCUUGUACAACACUACUCGUACAUCUAUCUACAUAGGUAGAUAGCCUCCUCUGCUGUCUCUUUGUAUAUAGACGAAUAAGCGUUGAAAGACACGGAGAUGUUACGUUGUUGUACAAUUCACCCAUCCAUCGUCUACCUAACCAACUAUUAACUAACCUCAGAACUUGAUGUUUCUGUUGACUGUCGCGGACACCUGCUCGAAGUAUCUGGUGUUCUCCCGGAUCAGAAUCUCCGGGUGGUGGUGCACGCUAGGAUGGAUACCCAGGCCGAUGGCCCGCCGUACGGCCUUGGCCAUCUUCCGCUG